AUCAAAUACCCAUGUUCAGAAGCCAUGAAUUCUAGAAAAUUACUUUCAGAAACACGGAGAACAUUUCCUGCUACUAAAGUACACUACCAGCAGCCAUCACGGAUUCUCAUUGUGGAUGUCACAUCACCUUCCUGGACCAACACUUGUUCUAUACUCUCUGAAGCUCUGGAAAACACACUCUGUUUGGCAUGCAGUUUGACAGGCCCCUGCCGUGUUCCCCUGCUGAGCAUCUACAUGGUGCAGAACCAGCAAGAGUGUCUGCUUCCCUUUACGCAAGUGAGAGAAAACUUUGCACGAGUUCAAGCCUGCAUUUUGGAGCUCCGUUCGCUACCAAGAGAAGGCUGUUUCCCACAGUGGGGAAAUGGAGUGGUACAAGCUGUGCAGGAUGGAUUGCUCCAGUUCAAACAAUACAGCAGACACACAGCAGCAGGAGGCUCAACAAAUAGUUCUGCUGAGAUCACAAUUUUGACUAGCCAGUCCAGCAAAGAAAUGGUAAAGCAGCUGGAAAAGAAAUUAAAAGAUGUAGACCUUGUGAGUCUGCGAAGAAUACAAGUCAUUGAGGUUUUGAAGAGGGACUUUCUGGAGCCUGAGGAUGUGGAACAGUGCAUGCCAGCAGAAGAGCACAGCAGCAAUGAUAUUGCAAUCCUGGGAAUGGACAUCGAUGUGCAAACCAUAGAGGACAAUGUCAUCAGCUUGGAGAUGCUGUUUAAAACAUGGCUACAUGACUAUGGCACAGAGAGAGAACACCUCCAUCUCCUCCUUCCGUCAGGAGGCUUCAGCCAUGCCACUGCACCUAAGACCACCCUAAUGUGCCUGAAGUGCGAUCUGCAGGAGAGAUUGCUCGACCCAGCUCUACUUUCUGGGACAGCUGAUGGCACCGUGAGAGCAGCAGAUUUUAAUUCACCCUGCCAGAUGGCAGCCUGGCCAGCUACAGUGCUGCAUAAACUCCAGGUUGUAAAGGCUCUGAAAUCUGAGGGGGUCUGUGAGUCUGUACUGUAUGGACUGCCCUUCGUUAUCAGGCCCACAAGCUGCUGGCAGCUAGACUGGGAUGAACUGGAGAUAAACCAGCACAGCUUCCAUGCUCUAUGUCAUAGUCUUCUGAAAAGGAAAUGGAUGCUUUUGGCCAGACGUGAGCCACAGAACACAACUCCAAACUGGAACAUCACGGUGCAUUCGUACUACAUCAUUGUCCCUUCUGACUCUGCCACUCUACUUGUCAAAGCAGUCGCCAGCAGAGAGCUCUUGCUGCCAUCAACCUUCCCAGCCCUCCUUGCUGAACAUCCUGAGAGAGUGCAUGGCCCUGUAGAGAGUGCCCUGAACAGCCUGGAAGUGGAAGUUGCUUAUAACCCCUUGCACCUAAAAAGCAACCUCUACAAAUACCUGAAGAGUCUGUUGUACAAACCUCUGCACAGGCAGCAGGCCCAGCCCAGAGACCAGCGACCAGAGCGGCAUCAACCCAAGCAGCAUCAGAGCAGAGCCAAAGCCACGGUGGCACCCCUUCUGAUGGCUCCUUCUCCUGUCCAAGUGUCCAGACCAGCAGCGAUGAGGAGAGAUUCCUGCGAGCGCUCUCUGCUCCCCAAAGAGUACGACGAGUUCCUGCAGUGAACCCCAGGGCACUGCUUGAGGCUGCUCACGUGCAGUCACAGCUUGGCUUCUUGCUUGGCUGCCAAGCUUUACACACCAGGCCGGAAGCGGUUGGGCAAGACACUAAGCUUGGCCUUGGUGAGACAGGCACUUCCCAUCGUUUGUUCCUCCUUGUUGUUUUAUGGUUUUGUUAGUCAACAAGUCAGUCCGCAGGAAGCCUGCUCCUCUGGGGCCCUCUGUCUAGAGAUUCACCUGUCCCCUGCAACACCCCGUAUUCCCCAUUCUUGUCAGCACACAUCACCAGCACACCUCAAAUUUUGGUUUCUGAGACUAGGCUAGUACAGGCCACAAACCACAGAUUACCGUCAGCAGGUGCAGAAAAGCUGCAAGCAGGGCAGUGAGGAAGUCAGAUAAAGCAGGCAGUAACGUCAAGCUGCCCUCAUCCUGCAGGAGCAGGUUCAGCAGGGUGUUUGAACAGGCAUAAAACAGGGCUUUUGAAUUUAAUCUUAAUGCCCAGAAUGCUGCCCUCUUGAGAGCAGCACUACCCACGAUGCUGCCGAUGUGCUUGCCUCCAUAAUUGGUCCCACUGUCCAACUCCCUAGCUCACGAAGGGGUUUGUAGCAAGUGCCAAGCCAGCUGUAAUGCCCCAGCUAGCUCCUACACAGUGACAGCUCACCACAGCUGGAGCUGCAGCACAGCACCAUAAUCCCCGCCAACUGCUGCUUGGAUGCUCUCCUCCUUAUGGCCCAUCUGUGCCCAUGGGGCUGUUCUACAAGCCAACACAAGUACUUUUUUUGGCAGGAUUCAGAAGAUGGGGGGAGUUAGCCUGGAGCUUUCCAGAGAGCUUCUGCUCAGUGCUUGCACAGAUGCUAGCCUGUUUUUCAGUGCGGACAUAGGACAGGUGUCCCCGGGCAGGGCAGGAGCUGAGGGCGACUCAACCGAGCCAAGGUGGGGUGGUCUCACGGGGCUUCCUGGAUGCCAAGCACCAGGAGGGUGCUUACAAAGUUCUACUUACUUUGUUCUGACAAGCUGUU